AUGACUUGCUCCUUCCCUCCACUGCAACAGCCCAUCUUCAGCACUACACUUCCUCUAGAUGGAACAUUCCGUAUCUUCACAGAGACAUUAAAGAAGAAAAGACAGACCUCCAGGGGAUUCCGCCUAAGUAACUUGUCUGGGUCAAUCAUCAACAACUUUCCAGAUCAACCAGUAUUCUCAACAUCUUCCUACCCACCUACAGUGAUCUCUGGACAAAAGGAACAUGCCAACCAGGCUCCAUCCAAAGCAAGAAGCCUGGACUCUUGUCCCCAGCAGAUUCCUCACGACGCUGAGAAUCCACCUUCAUCCUCCUCCAGCGAGAUUACCGAUCACUCGUCCACCUAUGGGGAAGCUCCUAAGGAGAGAUGGGUGAGAUGCGCCUAUGCCACGCAGGUGCGCACCAUCCAGGGCUUGGCCGUGGCCUGGCAGACCCGCAGCUCCUUUGAGCCGGUGGGCGAGAUGCCCCAGGUCUUUGAGGGGGAGCUGUCAGAUGAGAGCACCAUCGGCCCUGCCCCCAGUCUCCACAAGACUCAGUCUCUACUCAGUUCCUCAGAGCCUGGGCAGGAGGAACCAGAGGCCCGCCCCACGGAGCCCACGGUGUCGGGAGAGGCCCAUCAGCAGACACCCCCAGGCACUUGCCCAGACUGGAUGGUGACAUGUGCACACGGUGUGAGGUGCAUGGCAUGUUGCCGAGUGUUCCCAUCCUGGAGGGCUCUGGUGCACCACGCGAAGCAUGGGGUGAAGCAGGGCUUCAGCUGCAGGGUCUUUUUCGAAGAAGUGCUGGAGAAGCGCUUGGAGCCCUCAGCCCCUCACAGGCCUAGACGCGCCCAGAAGCUGGACAGCCGCCUCGUGCUGGACAGCAAGAAAAGGGAGAUCCAGAAGAUGACAGAGACCUACAAGAGCCUGAAGCAGCAGCUGAAGGAGAAGAGGGAGGAACUGAAGAGAGCCAGGAAGGAGCUGCAGCAAUUGGAGAAGGAAGAGGCCCUGGAUGGUCCAGGGCAAAGGGGAAAGCGCCUGAAGACCCAUUAG